UGGUUAAUGUAAUGUUGUGGCCAGAACAUGCUACUACUAAUUACAUACCUUGCCUUCAUAAGACGCUCCAAAGUUUUAUUGAUUUGCUUGAACAAGAAACGCAUUUUUUUCUUCGUGGUCCAUAUAAUAGGAAUACAAUUUCACAAUUAUAUCGAGUUGUACAAGAUAAUAUUCUUAAUCUUGAUAUAGCAAAAAAAGAUGCACAACAUGAAGUGUCAUAUUCAAAAAUUGGACCGGAAGAUUUAUUAGAUAUAAAUAAAACCGUAAAAUCUUUGCAUAUGAUAUUAGAAGGAUUAGCUUUAAGCGGUGUAAUUGAAGAAGAAUUAAUGAAGGAUAGAAGAGAAGGAACAAUUGAGAUCAGAAUCGAAGAUAAAUGUGAUCAUGCAUCGAUUUUUGAUCAGGUAACAUUAUAUACUAAUGUUGAUGAGUCAUCACCAACAGUUGGAACAGCACCAGGAAGUGAAGAGGAUCUGACCAAAUUAUUAGAAAUUAUUCGACCUAUUUGUACAGAUCUUUCAGAAACUUGUCAAAUGUGUUUAGCAGAUU